AUGCCUGCAACGCAAUUCUAUCUCCUUGGAGAGGAUGUCUCCUCUGCUAGGAACAUUGAUAUCGAUCCAAAGAGUGAUUUGGAGGAUCUUAAGCAUUUGAUCGCAGCUCACUUCGCAAUCGUUGAGCCAAAUGGUAUCGGUUUCCAUGCUCAAGACAACGAGCUUCAAGAUGUUUCAGGAAUCACCUCGGCGGACACUCCAAUUGCUAUUACUGUUGAUGGUCACGCGGUUCGUGAGCCGCCAGGACCAAAAGGUCUGCCUUUUGUCGGAAAUUUCUUCGAAAUAUACCCGGAUCACCUUGGCAAUCACCAGCGGCUCUUUGAGCAAUAUGGACCGAUAAUCAAGACGACCAACCUCGGACGCACGAUUUAUUCCACCAAUGAUCCAACACUCGCCGCAAUUGUUUUCUCCGAAUCAGACUUUUUCACCAAGGAGAUCAACGAAUCUCAUCCUCUCUAUCCGCUCAAGCAAAAGGAGGCUGGUGUUUUCCUGGGAGACACAGACACUCCUGAGUGGAAAGUUGCGCACAAAUUCCUGCCACCAGCCCUUGGUCCGAAGGCGGUCCGUCAUUACGCACCUAUGAUGCAAAAGACGGUGGAAGAUUCGUUUAAGGUUUUUGAUGCACUGGACGAGCAGGGCGAAGCGUGGAACGUCUAUCAGUAUAUGCUGAAAUUGGGGUCUCAAGCUGUUGGCAAGCUCACGCUUGGUUUGGAUUUCCAACACUUUACAUCUCCAGACUCAAAGCUACACGAGAUGGUGCAUUUGAUUGCGGAGUUGCUUUCUCUCAAUAAGAAAGUCUCGUCAAAGGGAGAUUGGUACGGUCGACUACCAUUCGGUGAUCCGCAGCGGCUCAGAACAAUCAAAGCCAGAAUCGAGGAAUUGGUGACUGUCUCAAUUAAAGAGGCUGAGAGUGGUGGUGUCGAAGACCUUCCUCUUCAAGAUGCAGCCCUAAAAGCAGCCAACAUGGUCGACUAUGCAAUUCGUGCAACCGACAACAAAGGUGAAAAGCUCCCCAAGGAAAGCUUGAUUUGGGCUCUACUUGUCGCAACAGGAGCCGGCUUCACAACCACAAGUUCCCUACUGUCCUGGCUCAUCUACGGAUUUGUUACAUACCCCGGGAUGCAAGACAGAAUUCUCCAGGAAUUGAUCGACAAUGACAUCGACGAAAACACCGAAAUCACAGCAGAUGUCACUGAGAAACUCUCCUUCCUCGACAAAUAUAUCAAGGAGAUGCAGCGUCGCCACAACCCAAGUUUCCAACCAGCACGAACCGCUAGGGUUGAUCUCGUGCUUCCGGGGGGUUACAGGAUCCCCAAAGAUUCAGUGGUUCUCCCGGCACUGCAUCAUAUUCACAACAAUCCUGAUCUGUGGGAUAAUCCUCACAAGUUCAAUCCUGAUCGCUGGGACACCGAUGAAGUCAAGAACAGACACAAGGCAGCAUAUAUUCCGUUUGCGACGGGUCCGCGCAUGUGCAUUGGGUUCAAUUUUGCUUUGCAGGAGAUCAAGGUCUUUAUCCCGAAGCUGGUUUAUCGGUAUAAAUUCAUCCGGGAUGGUGAUGGAACGAUCGAAUAUGACCCUAUGUUCCAGUUGAUUCGGCCUAACAACCUCUAUGUCAGAGCGGAGAAGAGGGUCAAGUGGCCGCCGAGAACCGAUGCUUUGAAAGGAGAGAAUUUCUGA